ACACCAACAAGAUCAUCACAACAACAACCACAACCACUUCUUUAAAAUCCAUCUUCCUAAACCACUUUCUCAGCAGCCAAACGAAACCAAAAAAAAAAAGAAUUUGCAGUUGCAGUUGCAGUGCCGAAGAUUUUCAAGGUCUAAUCAGCUUCCCGAAAACUCCACCAACAGAGAAGGAAAUGUCGGUGCAAGAAUAUCUGGACAAGUACAUGCUUUCUCGGAAAAUCGAGGACGCCGUCAAUGCCGCCGUUAGGGCCAAGACUCCCGAUCCCGUUCUCUUCAUUUCUAAUCAUAUGAGGAAAGCUGUACCUUCGGUGAUCACCAAGGUUAAAGCCAGGCAAAUCCUGGAUAGCAGAGGAAUUCCUACAGUUGAAGUUGAUCUUUACACCAAUAAGGGCAUGUUCCGUGCUUCUGCUCCUAGCGGCUCUUCUUCUGGAAUGUAUGAAGCUAUUGAAUUACGUGAUGGAGACAAGGGAACGUAUCUUGGACAUAGUGUGCAAAGAGCUGUUAAGAAUAUUAAUGAGAAAAUAUCUGAGGCUUUGAUCGGUAUGGAUCCGACUCUUCAGUCACAAAUUGAUCAGGCAAUGAUAGACUUGGACAGGACAGAGAAGAAGGGUGAACUUGGUGCAAAUGCAAUUUUAGCCGUUUCAAUUGCUGCUUGCAAAGCUGGAGCUGCUGAAAAGGAGCUUCCACUUUACAAGCACAUAGCUGAUCUCUCUGGAAGAAGCCACCUGAUUCUUCCUGUCCCUGCCUUCUGUCUGAUAAGUGGUGGAAAACAUGCUGGAAACAAUCUGGCUCUUCAGGAUAUUAUGAUUCUUCCUGUUGGAGCGAAAAAAUUUGAGGAGGCAAUGCAAAUGGGCUCUGAAACGUACCAUCAUUUAAAGGCUGUUAUUACAGAAAAACAUGGUGCACAUGGAUGCAAUGUUGGUGAAGAUGGUGGUUUUGCUCCUAACAUUUCCAGCUUUAGAGAAGGAUUGGAUCUAGUAAAGGAAGCCAUCAGCAGAACAGGGUAUAGUGAGAAAAUAAAGAUAGCGAUUGAUGUAUCUGCUACUGAUUUCUGCAUAGGCACAAAGUAUGAUUUAGAUUAUAAAACACCAAAUAAGUCAGAGCAAAACUUCAGGUCAGGAGAAGAGAUGAUUGAUUUAUACAAAGAACUCUGUGCAGAAUACCCAAUUGUAUCAAUCGAAGAUCCAUUUUACAAGGAGGACUGGGAACAUGUCAAAAUUUUUUCCAAUCUUGGAAUUUGCCAGGUUGUGGGGGAUGAUUUAUUGAUGUCUAAUCCAAAGCGUAUUGAGAAAGCCAUUCAGGAGUCUGCUUGCAAUGUUCUUCUUCUCAAGGUGAAUCAAAUAGGGACUGUGACUGAGGCCAUUGAAGUAGUGAAGCUGGCAAAAGAUGAUCACUGGGGAGUGGUGAUCUCUCAUAGAUGUGGGGAAACUGAAGAUUCUUUCAUUGCUGACUUGGCUGUUGGCCUUUCAACAGGUCAGAUCAAAGCAGGGGCGCCUUGCCGAGGAGAACGGCUAGCAAAGUACAACCAGUUGCUGCGAAUUGAAGAAGAGCUCGGUGAUCAAGCAGUCUAUGCUGGUGAUGACUGGAGGAUGACCUGAACAAACUCUCUAUGGUUCUUUUGCCCCUCCCGUCUUCUCUUUAAUCACUUCCUGGCAUAUGCAGCCUGUGUGUCUCCUCACAUUCAGAUACUGGGUCAUGAUGAUGCUUGUGUUGCUCUGCACAAUAGCUCUUGUCAGAGUGAUUCUUCAUAUCAACCUAGUAAAGAAGUCUUUCAUCUGAUUAUCUGUAGAACUUCAAAUUUGCAUUGCAAGAGUCAAUUUUUGGUGAUAACAGUUGCAAUUUUUCUGGUUUGUGUGAUUAUAUUUUGUUUCUUUUUGAAGUACCGGAAAUGUAUACAAUUUUUUGCAAGUUUGAGAGUGAAACUGCUGUAGUUGAGAUUAAGGAUUGUAGUAGGAUGUUUCACUCAAAAUUCAAACGCAUCCUUUGAACAAAAGAAUUAAUAUGAAAAUGAAAUAAACUUUUUUUCUUCCUAGAAA